CGUGGGAGCUUUGGGUAGAUUAAAAACAGCGAAUUGACAGGGUUUGGCCGAUGGCAGAUAUGGGGGAGAAUUUUGGCGAGUGUAUCAAUCGAAACUGAAGUUACUUUUUGUAUAUCCUAUCGUGCAGUUACUACUCAAAUACGAUGGUUCGUUUGAACAGACCAAGCAACAGGGCAUAGUAGCCUACUAAAGGAUGUCGAGGAUAAUUUCAGCAUUUUGCAUAGGGAAGUACUAGUAGAAUCCUACAGCGCAACGCGGAAAAUAUUGAGGGAGAAUGCGAAUGGUUAGAAGAGACAGAAUUCAAACGAAAUGGAAACAAUGUAGCAUCGCUGCAGCAUUCCAUAUAGCAAGGUGGACUUCUAGGGUAGAAAACAGAUAGCUAGCGAGCUAGUCAACUAAUAUAGAUGCGAAGUUACUUAUCAGAAAACGCUCAAACAGAGCCUGUGUAGCAGGCUGAUUAAAACUAAAAUAGUUCGUUGGAUUCCCCAGUUACCAAAGAAGACCGACGAGAGGACUGCAAUAUGCUACGGAGAAGCCUGAACCGUUUGUUUGGCAAGGACGAGAGGAGAGUUGACAGCAGGACCAUUUAUGUGGGCCACCGCCCUUGUCACGACCCUGAAGCUUUCAUCCCGCCCAAAUUCUGCGACAACAGGAUUGUGUCCUCCAAGUACACGGUGUGGAACUUUCUACCAAAGAAUCUGUUUGAGCAGUUCAGAAGAAUCGCCAAUUUCUACUUCCUCAUAAUCUUUUUGGUGCAGGUGAUCGUGGACACCCCCACCAGCCCCGUCACCAGUGGCCUGCCACUGUUCUUCGUCAUCACCGUCACGGCCAUCAAACAGGGCUAUGAGGACUGGUUGCGGCACAAGGCGGACAACGAGGUGAAUAAGUACCUGGUGACGGUCCUGGAGGAUGGCCAGAGAAUGCGGAAGGAGAGUGAGAAGAUCAAGGUGGGUGAUGUGGUGGAGGUGGUGGAGGACGAGACAUUUCCCUGCGACCUGGUCCUCCUGAGGUCCAGCCGGGAGGACGAGACCUGCUUCGUAACCACGGCCAGUCUGGACGGCGAGAGCAACCACAAGACACACUACACAGUGCCAGACAUGGAGCAGGACCUCUUGUCUCUCAACGCCACCAUCGAGUGCGAGCAGCCCCAGCCCGACCUUUACAAGUUUGUGGGUCGAAUGCACAUGUACCGGAACAAUCAAGAGCACGCAGUGAGGUCGUUGGGUCCAGAGAAUCUCCUCCUUAAAGGUGCCACCUUGAAGAACACUGAGAAGAUUUAUGGAGUGGCUGUGUACUCCGGGAUGGAGACCAAGAUGGCUCUGAACUACCAGGGGAAAUCCCAGAAGCGCUCUGCAGUGGAGAAGUCCAUCAAUGCCUUCCUGCUGGUGUAUCUUUGCAUCUUGGUGAGUAAGGCCCUGGUAUGUACCACACUGAAAUAUGUGUGGCAGAGCCAGCCGGGCCAGGACGAGCCCUGGUACAACCAGAAGACACAGAAGGAGAAAGAUAGCAACCUGUACCUGAAGAUGUUUACGGACUUCCUGUCCUUCAUGGUGCUGUUCAACUUCAUCAUCCCUGUGUCCAUGUAUGUAACUGUGGAGAUGCAGAAGUUCCUGGGCUCUUUCUUCAUCUCGUGGGACAAGGACUUUUUUGACCCGGAGAUCCAGGAGGGGGCGCUGGUCAACACCUCUGACCUCAACGAGGAGCUGGGUCAGGUGGAGUACGUGUUCACGGACAAGACGGGCACGCUGACCCAGAACAACAUGGAGUUCAUUGAGUGCUGCAUUGACGGCUUCCAGUACAAGUACACGGAUUCCAGCACCGAGCUGGAUGGGUUCUGCGUCACGGACGGACCUGUGAACCAGCUGCAGCAGAAGGCCGGCGCGGAGAAGGAGGAGCUGUUUCUGCGUGCUCUCUGUCUUUGCCACACGGUGCAGGUGAAGGAGCCGGCGGGUCGGGAGGACGGUCUGGGAGGAGCGCCGGGAGACCAGGUGGAUGGCGUCCUGGGGCAGGAUGGCGCAAAGUGCCACCCCGCGGAACUCCGGGGCUUCAUCGCAUCGUCGCCUGAUGAGGUGGCGCUGGUCAUUGGGGCCAUGAAGUAUGGUUUCACAUUUCUGGGCAUGGAGAGCAACAGUAUGAAGGUGAUGAACAGAAACAACGAAGUUGAAACGUACCAGCUGCUUCAUGUGUUGAACUUUGACCCUGUGAGAAGGCGUAUGAGCGUCAUAGUCAGAUCCAAGUCAGGGGACACCAUGCUGUUCUGUAAGGGGGCUGACUCUUCGAUCUUCCCGCGGGUCAGGCAGCAUGAGGUGGAGAGGAUCCGUAUGCACGUCGAACGCAACGCUACGGAGGGCUACCGGACGCUGUGUGUGGCCUACAAGCUGCUGAAGCCUGAGGAGUAUGCCCUGGUGGACACUGAGCUCAGGGAAGCCCGGUUGUCCCUGCAGGACCGAGAGGACAAACUCCUGAAGGUCUACAACCAGGUGGAGGACAACAUGAGCCUGAUUGGAGCCACUGCUGUGGAGGACAGGCUGCAGGAGGAGGCGGCCGAGACCAUGGAGGCCCUCCAGGGAGCCGGGAUGAGAGUGUGGGUGCUGACUGGGGACAAGAUGGAGACGGCCAAGUCCACAUGCUACGCCUGUCGUCUGUUCCAGCGGGGCACUGAGCUGCUGGAGCUGACUGUCCGCACCCUGGAGGACGGGGGCCGCAACAGAGAGGACCGUCUUCACGAGCUGCUGCUGGACUACCACAAGAGGGCAGUGCAGGACGCCCCGCCAGUCAAAGCCGGGGUGACCAGGAACUGGUCUUCAUCUCACCAGGACUACGGCUUCAUCAUAGACGGGGCCACGCUGUCUCUAGUUCUUAACUCCUCCACCGACUCCGACUGCUACAAGACCCUGUUCCUCAAAAUCUGUCAGAACUGUACCUCUGUCCUAUGCUGUCGGAUGGCUCCGCUGCAGAAAGCUCAGAUUGUGAAGCUGGUGAAGUGCUCGAAAGGCUCGCCAAUAACGCUGUCCAUCGGCGACGGUGCCAACGACGUCAGCAUGAUCCUCGAGGCUCACGUCGGCAUCGGUAUAAAGGGUAAGGAGGGCAGGCAGGCGGUAAGGAACAGUGACUAUGCCAUCCCCAAACUCAAGCACCUGAAAAAACUACUGUUGGCCCACGGGCACCUCUACUACGUCCGUAUAGCCCACCUGGUGCAGUACUUCUUCUACAAGAACCUGUGCUUCAUCUUACCUCAGUUCUUGUACCAGUUUUUCUGUGGAUACUCUCAGCAACCCCUCUACGACGCAGCCUAUCUGACCAUGUACAACAUCUGCUUCACCUCCAUGCCCAUCCUGGCCUACAGCCUGGUCGAGCAGCACAUCUGCAUGGAGGCCCUGCUGGAGAACGCCGCCCUCUACAGGGACGUCGCCAAGAACGCCAUGUUGCGUUGGGGCCCCUUCUCCUACUGGACCCUGCUGGGGGUCUACCAGGGCCUGCUGUUCUUCUUCGGGGUCCGCUUCCUCUUCGGCAACCCGGCCCUGCAGGAUAACGGCCAGGUGUUCGGCAACUGGUCGUACGGAACCAUUGUAUUCACUGUCCUCGUCUUCACCGUUACGCUGAAGCUGGCUUUGGAUACGCGCUACUGGACCUGGGUCAACCACUUCGUCAUCUGGGGAUCGCUGGCCUUCUACACCUUCUUCAGCUUCUUCUGGGGCGGCAUCAUCUGGCCAUUCCUCCGACAGCAGCGUCUGUACUUCGUCUUCGCCAACAUGCUGAGCUCUGUGGCGGCCUGGUUGGUCAUCAUCCUCCUCAUCAUCCUCAGCCUGCUGCCGGAGAUCCUGCUGCAGGUCCUCCGUAAGCCCCGAGGAACACACUCCAGACAGAAAAAACUGGCGGUUCAGCCGGGCGUAGGGGAACCCAUGUGUCCCCUGUCUCCAGCCAGGCCCCUGCUCAUGAGAACCUUUUCAGAUGAGUCCAAUACUAUCCUGUGAACAGCUGUCAGAGGACUUCCUUCUCCAGACAUCCAGACUGCUGCUGUCACCCCCUUAUCCUACAAGGAGCUGAAAGAACUGGACUGAUGGCAGAAUGGAGGAGCUGCAGGAGCGAGACUGAUGGCAGAAUGGAGGAGCUGCAGGAGCGAGACUGAUGGCAGAAUGGAGGAGCUGCAGGAGCGAGACUGAUGGCAGAAUGGAGGAGCUGCAGGAGCGAGAGUGAUGGCAGAAUGGAGGAGCUGCAGGAGCAAGAGUGAUGGCAGAAUGGAGGCCUGUGUCUUUCAGGAAACCAUCGCAGUCUGCCUGCCUGCCUGCACUUCCCUGCCUCAUUGUAAAAGACAAUUAAAAGUGACUUACAUAUCAAAACAUAAGAAAAAAUACCAGGGGUAGACUCCAGCUGAGAUUAGACCUGCAGGUGCUGUGGCUACCCCCCUGCCCCUCCUGCCCCCCCCCUGCAUGUCUACAGUGCAGGUUACUGUACCCCCGGCCCAAACAGCACAGGUCGUUUUUACCACAUGGUUACUGGACUAUUCAAACAUGACGCAUGAUUUUCCACAGUUUAUUUUCUCUCCUUUUGUGAAAACCAGCUUGGAAGGUUUAACUGAAUGUUAAGAUGGUUGCCUGUUGAACAGCUGUGCUGCUGAAAUCUGCUCACGGCAGCCAUUCCUCCCACUGUCCCUGAGUGAGUCAACCACACAAAACCAGAGGCUCCAUGAAUGCCACAUUCCACUUGCUGACGUUUCUACAAAAUAUAUUAUUUUGCGAGGUGUUUGUCAAACAAAAAGAUCAAUGUUAGUUUUUCAAACAACUCCACCGCUGCAGCUCCAAAUCAGUUUAUAAAGUGUGAUUCCAAUCCGGUCCAAUCUAAGGGCGCAGAGCGCACAUUAAAUCGUGCGGGUUUGUGAAUAGCUUCAAAAUGUUUGUUAUGGGAACUAAAGUGCAUUGAUUAUUGAGAUGGGAGGGUUGAGACAUUGACAUCUACUGGGUUCUUGGCCCUCCAUCUCUCCAAAAAAUAGUGUGUGUGUAUAAUUCACCAAAAUGACUGAUAAUUGUGCUUGCCAACAUUUCUACCUGUCGGGGUUCAGAACAUGACUUGACUCUUCCAACCUCAAGGCCAGUGGCAAUUUAACAAAAUCCUGAUUGGAUUGAGAAUGAACAUGUGUUUAUGUUCCACGUAGCUUUCCCUGUUUCAAAACGUAAUGCUUGAAGCCAAAAAUGGAGAGCGGAGACACGACUCUCAUGCCCAGUACCCUCCAAAACUGUCUGUGUGUGUGUUUUGUGUGGGUCAAUGCACCUGUGUAUUUCAGCACAAAUGAAGACCCCUCCCAAAGCAGUUUGUGUGUCACAUCCUCAUGUGUAUUACACUUUACUUAUUGCUACCUUGUAGUUUUAGCGUGUUGUCAUGAACCAUCCUCAACAGGACUUCAGGAGUUGUGGGGAUUUUCCAUUGGGGGGGCAGGGGGGGGUCGUCAUGUGCCCAAGCACAGUCUGGCCUGGGCCCAAAUACACAUGUGGAUAUGCUCUUAAUGAUAUGUAUCCAUGUGCCAUUUCCUGUUUAUGUCAUAGGUGGGCGGGCGUUAAUGUCCCAACUCCGGACCUCCUGUUUGUGCUCAUCAUAGGUCAUUUCACUGGGAGUUUUUCCUUCCCCACCUGUUACCGUUUCCAUUUUCUGCAUGUGGAUGGGAUUAUGCCCUUUCCCUGGUCAAUUCUUCAUGCAUUCCAUUUCCUCAUGCUACGAUUUGAUUCACUUUCAAAUGUUAUUGUUUUUGCUUUUUUGAUCGUAUAUGAAUCUAUUUGACAUAUUUAUUGUUCCGUGUAAUUUUACUCGCAAUAUAUGUUUUAGUACAUCUGUUGUUUUUACUGUAGGGAAUGGCCUACUUUGUCACACCUGCAGGUAUGUCCUACCAUCCAGCUCCAACACAACCCCCAUAUCCGUUGUGCAGUUCCGCUGAGCCAGGCUAGGAAUGACGGAGCGCCAGGUAAAGGUUUUCUGAGCCAGGCUAGGAGAAUCUUUUUUAUUUUUAUUUUUAUUUAUUUUUUUAAACACUGACUGAUACGUCCUGGAGAGUUGCUGCCAUAUUGGCAAUUUUUGUGUCACCCUUUAAAAAGGCCAUAACCAUCAACACUAUCAAUGAAGGCUGAGUUGCUUUGAUGGGCUCCAUUUUGGAGGUUAUGAUGAGAAUCCUGCAGUAGGUCAUGGCCUAACCAUGACCUGUGACCUUGGUGAC